GCAUUUGUGGUUGUAAGUGAGCUGUCAGAGAGCCUAAUUAAGUUUAGAGUUUGGUUUGUGAAUAUUUGUAUUGCUUUGUUUGGAUAAGAGUUUAUAUAUCGUAACAUAUUUCUUUACGGAAAUUAUCUGUCGUAUUACGUAACUUUUGUUACAAACAUAAAAUCGAAAUGAAUGAGCUCAGGAAUAAGCAAAAGGAAAAUUUCACCAGCUAUGUGAAAGAGGACUUAUAUGAAAGGGUAUCUUCAGAGUACUUAAAUCCUAAAUUGCUUUCAGGUGAAAUUGAAGCUGCCAGAGUCAACAAUGUUGUAUUUUACACCACAUAUUGCGCAAAAGAUAACAAAUUCAUCGACGAGAAAGAAGGUGCGUUGAUAAUAACCAAUUUUCGUCUAUCCUUUUUGUGUGACGAGCGUGAAAACGAUCAGGUUACAUUAUGCCAAAAAAACGCCUUCCUCGGAAAGUAUGAUAUCUCUUUAUCGAACAUUGAUAGAAUAUAUCAAGUUACAGAGAAGAAAUGGAGAAUGGUUGGCCCAGAUAUAAAAAAUAGCAGUAAAAUCGAGAUCCUAAAAGUCAUAUGCAAGAAUUUUCGAACAUUUACGCUCGGAUUUAAAAAAGCUGGAAUUGGUAAAGGAAAGUAUAUCGCCGAUGCUUUAGUGAAAUUUGCAUUUCCUGCUAAGCAUAAUUUAUUGUUUUUGUACAACUAUAAAGAAAAGUAUAUCAAUUCGAAGCGUUCAGUAUGCAUGUUCAAUAAAUUAUCUGAUUGGGUGAAUGAAGUUCAUCGCUGUGGUGCUGAAACUGGAUGGAGAGUCGUUUCUAAAGACAAAAUGGAUAUCGAUAGCACAUUACCUAUGUACUUUGUUGUACCUAAACAUAUGACUGAUUUAGAGUAUUUUAAUAUUUCUAAAAGCUUUCGCAAGUGUCGUUCGGCCAUUUGGGUAUGGAGUAUUGGAAAUGCUGCCCUUGUACGAAUGGCUGAAUUAAGUCCUGAAAUCGCCAGUUUCACAAUCGAAAAUACAAUGCUUGAGCACGUUAGGAAAUGCGAUCCACUGAAGAAGGCUCCACAUUUAAUGGAACUAUCCAAACUUCUCCCAAGUAUCCAAGAAGUCAAUUUAAGCUACCUCAAACUUCGAAAACUUUGCAUUCCUGAAAAUGAUAGUGAAUUCAUGGCUCAAGAUUCCAGAUUUCAUUUGCUACUUGAUAAGACUUACUGGUUGCUAUAUGUGUCAGUAUGUCUGAAACAAUCAGUAGCAGCUGCCAAAAUGCUGAUGAAUGGAUGCAGUGUUGUAUUACAAGAGAUCAAUAGUCGUGACAUGUGUUGUGUUCUAGCUAGCUUAGUUCAACUAUUGUUGGAUAACAGUUUUCGAACAAUUGAUGGGCUUCAAACAUUAAUACAAAAAGAAUGGAUUAGCUUAGGCCAUCCGUUUAGUGAUCGCAUAGGUCACGUUACUGAUGAAAAUUCGACAGAACGAAGUCCAAUAUUUCUUCUCUUCUUAGAUUGCGUUUGGCAAUUAUUGCAGCAAUUUCCAGAAGAAUUUGAAUUUUCUGAAACUUUUCUGACAAGUAUUUGGGACUGUGUAUUUCUCCCCAUUUUUGAUACAUUCCAGUUCAAUAGCGAAACGGAGCGCCACAUUGCACAGCUAAAUGAUCGCAUUAUUCUGAGACCGGCAUGGGAUUGGGAAGAACAAUUUAGCGAUAAAGAUAUUGCAUUGUUUAGUAAUCCUUUGUACAAAAAAACGGUCAAUGAAGAAAGUGCACAAGGGCACAAAUUACGAUUAUCGCCAUCGGUGUAUCGUUAUCCGUUUAUGGAAGAAUCAUCAAAUGAUUUUGCCUGUGCUUCGGGCACAUAUACUGACACAUCUGAUAUCCAACCACAGAGCAUGUUUCUACAACCUCAAUUUACUUUACGGGACGUUGAAGUGUGGCAUCAAUGCUACUACCGUUGGAUUCCAUUUUUAGAGAUAAAGAAUGGUGGUCAUCCGCAAAUCGACUUUUUCAACAGAUCCGUCCUAGAUAAUAUUUAUAAGCUAGAAAAAAUCGUGCAAACUGGACAGAUAUUCGAAUCCAGUGAAGAAAUACACUUGCAGUCUGAAGUUGAGUCUAAGAGUGAAAAUAAAACGAACAUUGAAAUGGAGCUGAACGAAUGUACAUUGCCAAUUAUAAAUUCUUUUUUUCCAUUUACAAAUCAUAUGACUAAUAUGGAAGAACUACUUGAUGUUUUGGUUAUCAAUAGUGAGUUCCUAAAUGACGGAUCAAUAGUUGAUUGUGCUUCAAUAAAUGAAUAGUUUAGCUUUUA